AUGGGGAACCAGGACGGGAAGCUCAAGAGGAGCGCAGGUGAUGCCUCGCACGAAGGCGGCGGCGGCUGCGCCGAGGACGCGGUGGGGCCCAGGGACACAGAAGCCGCUAAGAAGGGCAGCGGGAGCAAGAAGGCGUUGGGCAAGCACGGCAAGGGGGGCGGCGGCGGCGGGGAGUCCGGGAAGAAGAAGAGCAAGUCGGACGCCCGGGCCUCGGUGUUUUCCAACCUGCGGAUCAGGAAGAACCUGUCCAAGGGGAAAGGCGCCGGCGGGUCCCGUGAGGAUGUGCUCGACUCCCAGGCCCUGCAGACCGGGGAGCUGGACAGCGCUCACUCCCUGCGCACCAAGACCCCGGACCUCAGCCUGUCGGCGGAUGAGGCUGGUCUGUCGGAUACCGAGUGUGUGGACUCCUUCGAGGUGACCCGGCCGGGUGGUCCUAGGCCUCCCGAGGCUGGGGCAGGGGUACAGCAGGUCGCUGAGGAUUUGGAAGCCGCCGCAGGGGCGCAGGAUGGACAAAGGACCAGUUCGGGCUCAGACACGGACAUCUACAGCUUCCACUCGGCUGCGGAGCAGGAGGAUCUGCUUUCAGACAUCCAGCAGGCGAUCCGCCUGCAGCAGCUGCAGCAGCUCCAGGACGGCCAGGAGCCUGCAGCGACCCCCACCGCCGCCUCCGCUGCGCCCGGGGCCUUCCUGGGCCUGGAGCGGUUCCUACAAGGACCAAGCGGCGAGGCUGCGGAGGCCCCGGGCGGUCCACGCACCGAGCAGGCGCCGCCCGCGCCCCCCGCCCCGCCCAAGCGCCAGGCUCCCCAGCCCCCGGCGCGGCCCCCAGCUCAGCCCCAGUCCCCCAGCAGCCGCCGGACCUCCGAGACGCCUGGCGUCCCCGCGGCCCAGGCCCCCGCUGCAGACUCGCCCUCGUACACUGCCUUCCCGUUCCCCGGGGCCGGGCCGGGGGAGUGCGCGGACGCAGCCCCGGACACGGAUGAGGAGGUCGAAGAGGAUGCUUUUGAGGACGCCCCCCGGGGCUCUCCAGCGGAAGACUGGGCCCCAGUGGGGGAAGAGGCCCCGCCGGGGCCGGGGCCAGAGCCGGAGGAGCGGACACGAGGUCCUGGGGUCCCCGCUGCGGCCGCCUCCCUGCCCGGGAGCCCCGCGCCCAGCCCGCGCUGCCCCAAGCCCUAUCCGCUGAUAGCCCCCUGCUACAUCAAGACCACCACCCGGCAGCUCAGCUCGCCCAACCACUCCCCGUCGCAGUCCCCCAGCCAGAGCCCUAGGAUCAAGAGGCGACUGGAGUCCUCCGUGAGCCGGGGGUCCAGACCCGCCCUAGCCUCUGUGGUCGCCCCGGCAAAGAAGCAGCGGGCGGACGGGGGCCUCGCCGCUGGCCUCAGCCGCUCUGCCGACUGGACCGAGGAGCUAGGCGCUCGUUCUCCCCGGCCGGGAGGCUCAGCUCACCUGCUGGGGCGCGGGCAGGCUGCAGAUGGUGGCGGGGUGACCCCCGCGCUGGCUGCUAAGGCGUCCGGGACGCCGGCGACUGCUGACGGCUUCCAGAACGUGUUCACAGGGCGGACUCUGCUGGAGAAGCUGUUCAGCCAGCAGGAGAAUGGGCCUCCAGAAGAAGCCGAGAAGUUUUGCUCCCGCAUCAUCGCCAUGGGGCUUCUGCUUCCUUUCAGCGACUGCUUCCGGGAACCGUGCACCCAGAACGCUCAGUCCAGUUCUGCUCCAUUUGAUCAAGAUCAGCUUUACACCUGGGCCGCGGUUAGCCAACCCACACACACGCUGGAUUACGCUGAAGAUCAUUUUCCCAGGCGAGUUCCAUCCACAUGGCCACCGUCAAGAUCUCCUGUUGAAGAAUGCAGACCCAGGGAUGCUGAGACAGAAUCUCAAUCUGCUAUUUUAGAAACUCCAAAGAAAACUUCAGACGCCGCUCAGCAGGUUGUCAAGUUAUUAAGCAACAAAAGAUCACAAGCAGUUGGAAUAUUAAUGUCUAGUCUUCACUUAGAUAUGAAAGACAUACAACAUGCUGUUGUUAACUUGGACAAUUCCGUGGUGGACCUGGAGACCCUUCAAGCUCUCUAUGAGAAUAGAGCACAGUCAGAUGAACUGGAAAAAAUUGAAAAGCACGGUCGAUCCUCCAAAGACAAGGAAAACGCCAAGUCUCUGGACAAACCCGAACAGUUCCUUUAUGAACUGUCACUAAUCCCCAACUUUUCAGAGCGAGUCUUUUGCAUCCUGUUCCAAUCCACGUUUUCAGAAAGCAUUUUCUCAAUCCGUCGCAAACUGGAAUUGCUGCAGAAAUUAUGUGAGACAUUAAAAAAUGGCCCAGGGGUUAUGCAGGUUCUGGGUUUGGUUCUUGCAUUUGGCAACUACAUGAAUGGCGGGAAUAAGACACGAGGACAGGCGGAUGGUUUUGGAUUAGACAUUCUCCCCAAGCUGAAGGACGUCAAAAGCAGUGACAAUAGCAGAAGCCUGUUGUCAUAUAUCGUUUCAUAUUAUCUUCGAAAUUUUGAUGAGGAUGCUGGCAAGGAGCAGUGUGUCUUCCCGCUGCCCGAGCCACAGGACCUUUUCCAGGCCUCGCAGAUGAAGUUUGAGGAUUUUCAGAAAGAUCUCAGAAAACUGAAGAAAGACUUGAAGGCUAAAAUUGACCAGGAGGCAGAGGAAACUUCACUCACGGAGACCCAUAAAUGCUUUUUGGAGACUACAGCCUAUUUCUUCAUGAAGCCAAAACUUGGAGAGAAAGAGGUGUCCCCAAAUGUUUUCUUCAGUAUCUGGCAUGAAUUCAGCUCUGACUUCAAAGACUUUUGGAAGAAAGAGAACAAACUUAUUCUACAAGAGAGAGUAAAAGAAGCCGAGGAGGUGUGUAGGCAGAAAAAAGGAAAAUCGCUUUAUAAAAUAAAACCAAGGCAUGACUCUGGAAUCAAAGCAAAGAUAAGCAUGAAAACCUGAAAGACGAGCGGAAGGAUGAAAACAAGUCAUUGCAAGAACUUCCACAAAAUUCAGCUGACCCAAGGGUGGGAAGGAAAGGACACCAUUCUGAUCAUUUUUCUUCUUAGCCUCUUGCAUAAUCUGUGUUUUCUAGACAGUUCGCUAGUUGUUGAAUUUUAGUCAGUGGUGAUCA